GGACACAAACGCAAAAAGAGAUUGACUACUGCAGCACUCCGGUUCAACUAACCGGGGUGAUCUAUGAUCAUGCUGCGUGGGAAGCCUCGAAAAAAAGUAAAAAGUUGGACAGGGUGGCGAAACAAAUCAAGAGUUAGAGGGCGAUGGAGAUGCAAGGGUGGAACAUGAAAACACAGGGAAAGAUAAAGGAUGUGAUGAUGUUCAUAAUACCCCAUUUGAUGAUGGUGGUAUUUCGGACUCAUGCCUGGCUGCCUUACAAACCAUCGAACCAGGCGUAUACAGGCAGACUACAGAAGUGGCACAAGCAGAUGUGGUAAACAACAUGGACCAACCUGUAAAUUUGGCAGAGUGCAGUCAGCAACAAGCACAUAAACAGAAUACAAUAACCGACGCCUAUGAUAAAGAAAAGCCUCCGACAACAUCCGCUGAUGAACCUGAUGAAGUGACCGAAGCAGAAAUGCAGUCGGUUGAGACACUUUUAAAAUUGGCUCCAAUCCUACAAACAUCAAGUGCAAGUAAUCAAAAGACUCCUGUGUCAGCGAACACAAAUAAAACGGAUGACGAGAGGCAUACACACCUAGUGAGAACGCGUAUCAACAUGAUCAGGGAAAAGAACGAAAAGCGGAUGGCAGAACUAGGUGACGCAUACAGAUCACCUUACUGCAACAGGGUAACCAACUUAUAUGAGCCACUUUUGGGACGUGACCAAACAAUCAUCUGUUAUCUCUUAGCUCCGGUGGGAGAUAUUGGGACAUUGAUAUACAAGUCUGACAGUGGAGUCGAAACGCUAAAAAUCAUAUUUGAAACCUUCCACCCAUCGCAAUACAUAUCAUAUGGUGGAAUGGACGCAUUUGUAGAUGUUUUAAACUUUGAAGAGAAAAAAAGGGACAAAAAAUCAUCACCCUACAGGCUGUUCUUGCCAACUACAAUAUUGCAAGACGAAAUGUUUGAGCCAAAAAUCACAGAUAGUGAUCGAUUGAAAGUAUUCGGACCAAGCGUAGACGAUAUAUUGUGUAAGUAUCAGGUGAAGAAAGUUGACAAAGUUGAUCUCAUCUUCAUUCCAGUACUACUUUCUGAUCAUUACUGGUGCCUAUGCUUUAACAUGAAAAAUGGAGAUAUCGAGUUAAUAGAUAACUCUAGGUAUGUCGAAUCGUUUACCAAACGCUACCGUGGACGCCCCGAAAAGCUGCGGAGAGUUCUAAUACUAUACCUAAAAGGCAAAAUUGGACAAAAAGAGUGGAUAACAAAGUUGGAAAAGGCAAAAAUAAUUCGAAAGGAAAUGGAUUGGAGAACUCUUCAAAACGGUUGUGACUGUGGUGUCUUCACUAUGAGACAUAUGGAGACAUACAAGGGCAAAUCUCCAUGGAAUGCAGGGUUUAAAACGGAAGACCAAAAGAAGAUUCAAGAUUCACAACUACGGUUUUUGCGGUACAGGUAUCUUAGUAAGAUUGUAUUGUCCGACUACAAUCUUAUAAGGAAAGAGGUAUACGACAAAGCUACGGACUUUAUGAAGAAUUCGAUACCCGCAGAUGCUUUGCACGAUCUAGAUAGCAAAAUAAGUAACAGAUUGGAUCAGUUCUUCAACCUCAAAAAGGGGAAACAAAAUGAAAAGUCGUAGGACUACUAUCUUGCUGUCUUUUGUUCCAAACAUCUUUGACAUGUUGGAUUUUUUAUUUUUAUUUAUAAUUCUAAUAAUUUCUGGUUAUAAACAUAAA